AUGCCGCCGCCUCAGCCGCUGCUCGGCGGCGCCGCGCCCGCUCCGGCGCGAGCGGCCCCAUCCUUGCUCCACCUCCUUCUCGACACGCGCCACCGCGUCGCCACCGCACGUGCCGCUGCCGUCUCCUCCGUGCCCGCAUCUCACUCCUCGCACGCGAACGACGCCCUCCUCCUCCGCCGUGCCGCCGACGUGGCCGACCGCUCCGCGGGACUCACCUCCCCGCACCCCAACUUCGGGUGCGUCAUCGCGCGGCCCCAGCUCAAUAUCGACAGCGCCGAUUCCUGGGUGGUCGGCGAGGGGUUUCUCUACGCGCAGGGGACGCCCUGCGCCGAGCUCCUCGCCGCACAGGUGGCCGGUGAGCACGCGCGUGGCGGCACGGCAUACCUCAACCUCGAGCCUGGGGACUGUUUUGGGGACAACACAGCCGUCGGAUCCCUCGUCCAGGCAGGAAUUACAAGAGUUGUGGUGGGUCUUAGACAUCCCUUGAAGCACUUGAGAGGGAAGGCAAUUCAGGCGUUACGAAGCGAAGGCAUUCAAGUUGAUGUUGUGGGGGAGGAUCUGCAGAGUAAACUGUUUGAGGAAGCUCUGAAGUCAUGCCUCACUGUAAAUGCUCCAUUGCUUUACAGAGCUGCUUUUCAUGUCCCUUUCUCCGUCCUGAAGUAUGCUAUGACUGCAGAUGGAAAAAUAGCAGCAAGUAGUGGACAUGCUUCUUGGGUAAGUGGCAAAGCAUCGAGAGGGCGUGUAUUUGAAUUGCGUGGCAGAAGUGACGCUGUUAUUGUUGGUGGAAAUACAGUGCGUUUUGACGAUCCUCGAUUAACUGCAAGGCAUGUUAAGGGGCAUGUCCCAGUGCGUAUAGUGAUGUCACAGUCUCUUAACCUUCCAGAGGAAGCAAAUUUAUGGAAUGUUAACGAUGCCUAUACAAUUGUUGCAACUCAGAGAGGUGCUCGGCGAGAUUUUCAAAAGAAGCUUGCUAUGAAGGGUGUUGAAGUAGUAGAGUUUGACAUGCUGAAUCCAAGAAAUGUUAUGUCAUAUUGUUAUGAUCGUGGUUAUCUUGCUGUAUUAUGGGAAUGUGGUGGGACACUAGCUGCUUCUGCUAUAUCUGCGAGUGUUAUCCAUAAGGUCUGUGCAUUCUGGGCUCCGAAAAUAAUUGGGGGAUCAAAUGCACCAACACCAGUUGGUGAACUAGGGAUGAAUCAAAUGACUCAGGCGAUAAAUUUAAUUGAUGUCUCGUACGAGCAGAUUGACAGGGACAUGCUCAUGAGUGGAUUCAUCGAACCCAUUCCUGAUCUUUCACCUAUUAUACCAUCCGUGGAAGAAAUACCUUCCGUUGAUCCAGAAGUAUCUCCAUAUGAAGCAAAUAUUAUUUCCUUUUACAAGACAUGGGAUAUUUUUGGGGCUUUCUCAAACUUUUCUCCUCAUCCAAUUCACAUGCCUGAUGAAAAUGGAGAUUAUUUCACAUGGCCAACAGUGGAACACUAUUACCAGGCUCAUAAGUUUGUUGGUGUUGACAAUCCUCAAGCAAGAGACAUUGUUCAAGAAAUAAAGCUAGCAAAGAGUCCUGAAGAGGCUGCUAGAAUAGGAAGGACCCGACAAAAAGGGUUCCCUGAACUGGUAAGAACAGAUUGGGAGACUACAAAAAUAGAUGUGAUGUAUAGAGCUAUCAAAUGCAAGUUUUCAACUUAUCCCCAUCUGACUAAUAUGUUGCUGUCAACUGCUGGCUCUGUUCUCGUCGAGGCAUCGCCUCACGAUUUAUUUUGGGGCGGUGGUCGGGAGGGAGAAGGCCUGAAUUACUUGGGUAGAUUGUUGAUGCAGUUGAGAUCAGAGAUUCUGGGGACAAUUCUAGCAAGCGCUGAAGUAAGGGUGAUUGGUCUGCAGGCGAGCAAAUCUAUUUAG